UUGACCCGAUUUAAAUUGCACAAACACAAACCAUCUUCUUCUUUCGGCGCUGGUGCUGUGCUGUGUAUUUUCUUUCCACCUAUUACCAUGGCAGAAGCUUCGACGAGAAAGGCGAAAAGAAAGAACCGAACCCUUAAAACUCAGGACCUUGAACUCGACCGUUUCGACUCACUUCCAUGGAACUCUUCUCUUCCUCAACCCACUGAAAACGAUGACAACUCGUUUUCACUCUUUACUGGCUCCAAUGAACUCGAAGGAGGUUUUCUUUCACUGGAGGAGAUUGAUGAAGCUGAGUAUGGUUUAGAUAUUCCCGAUCCUGAAAAUCAUGACAGAAAGCACAAUUCUAAACAGGACAAGAAGUUGAAUAAUCAGAAGCAGGACGGUGCUUGUAGUGAUGGAGAAACAGUGAAGGAUGAGAGCACCAAGUCUAAAGUGAAGAAAAAGAAAAAGAAGAAAAGCAAGGAUGCAAAAGAAAACCAGAAAGUUCAACAUUCAAAUACUGGUGCAGCGGCUGAUGUGAAGGACACUGCUGGGGAAGAGAACAUUGAUGAAAAUGAAUAUUAUGCAUGGAACGAGUUGAGGCUUCAUCCUCUCUUAAUGAAAGCAAUACACAAACUGGGAUUCAAGGAACCAACACCGAUACAGAAAGCCUGUAUUCCGGCUGCUGCUCAUCAAGGGAAGGAUGUUAUUGGUGCUGCAGAGACGGGAUCUGGUAAAACACUUGCAUUUGGUUUGCCCAUUUUUCAACGUCUUUUGGAGGAGCGCGACAAGGCUGCAAAUAUGGAUUCAGAAAAGGGUGAAGAAGCAGAAAAAGUUGCUCCUACGGGCCUUUUGAGGAGUCUUAUUAUUGCUCCGACCAGAGAACUUGCACUUCAGGUCAAAGAUCAUCUGGAAAAAGUAGCUAAGCAUAUUAAUGUUAAGGUGACCGCUAUAGUUGGUGGUAUUUUACCAGAAAAGCAGCAAAGACUUUUAAAAGCAAGGUCUGAGAUUGUGGUCGCUACUCCAGGGAGGUUAUGGGAACUUAUGUCAUCUGGAGAAAAACACCUGGUUGAGUUACAUUCACUGUCUUUUUUUGUGCUUGACGAGGCUGAUCGAAUGGUACAAAAUGGUCAUUUUAAGGAGUUGCAAUCUAUAAUUGACAUGCUUCCCAUGUCAAAUAUCCCUGGUGAAGAUAAUUCUCAAGAUGCACAAAAUUGUGUUACAGUUUCUAGCUUCCAAAGAAAGAAAAGGCAAACUCUUGUUUUCUCAGCAACUGUCGCACUGUCCGCUGAUUUUCGCAAGAAGUUAAAGCGUGGUUCAAUGCAGAAAAAGCAACCAUCAACAGAUAGUUUGGAUUCUAUUGAAAAUCUUUCUGAGCGAGCAGGAAUGAGACCCAAUGCUGCAAUUAUUGAUCUUACCAAUCCAUCAAUAUUAGCAGCUAAGAUUGAAGAGUCCUUUAUUGAAUGCACAGAAGACAAUAAAGAUGCCCAUUUGUAUUAUAUUCUUACUGUCCACGGUCAAGGCCGGACAAUAGUUUUCUGUACGUCGAUUGCAGCUUUACGCCAUAUUUCUUCCAUAUUGCGCAUUCUUGGCACCAAUGUUUGGACUCUUCAUGCUCAAAUGCAACAGAGAGCGCGUUUAAAGGCCAUGGACCGCUUUCGCGAAAAUGACAACGGCAUACUUGUUGCUACAGAUGUUGCUGCAAGGGGUCUUGAUAUUCCUGGCGUCAGAACUGUUGUCCACUAUCAGCUUCCACAUUCAGCAGAGGUUUAUGUUCAUAGAAGUGGAAGAACAGCUAGAGCUUCUGCUGAAGGUUGUAGCAUUGCUUUAAUCUCCCCAAAGGAUACAUCAAAGUUUGCUUCAUUGUGCAAGUCAUUUUCAAAGGAUAGCUUUCAGCGGUUUCCUUUAGAGAACUCAUACAUGCCAGAGGUUCUAAAACGAUUGUCUCUUGCACGUCAAAUAGACAAGAUAACUAGGAAGGAUUCCCAGGAGAAGGCAGAAAAAAGCUGGUUUGAUCGGAAUGCUUGCUCAGUGGAUUUAGUCACUGAAAAUUAUGACAGUGAGGAGGAACAAGUUAAUAAAUGUAGGCAAAAGAAAGCCAGCUCUAAGCAAUUGAAGAAAUUGCAGAUGGAGCUCAGUAUGCUGAUUUCACGUCCUUUGCAAUCAAAAACAUUUUCACAUCGAUAUUUAGCUGGGGCUGGUGUAACACCCCUCUUGCAGGAACAAUUGCAACAAUUAACAAGGCAAAAACUAAGUGAUCGCCAGGGUGCAGUAUUCGGCAAAAAGGGAAAAUUGGUUGUGAUCGGUCAAGAUUGUGUAGACGCACUUCAUGCACUUCGGAGUGCUGGGGAAGAGGUGCGCAUGGAUAUCAAGGAUUCAACACGACAGAAAAAUACCGUGAAUUCAAAAAGAAAAAGAAAAGUGGAGAAAACACGUUUACGUGAUCAGCGUAAAAAGCAGAAGAGAAAGCAAAACCAGGAGGACGAGGAAGAAUAAAUUUUUAUUCAUAUAACUUAUACAUUAGGUGAAAUUUUACAACAUAAUUGUCACGAGUUACUGUAUUUUUUUAUGGCAGCGUCUGUUGUUUCUCCUGCCUUGUUUUAGAACAACGAAUUUUGUAUGAAUAUGUUAGCACACAGAUAUAGUUUCUAUUGUAGCAAUGUAAUUGUCAUCUUUGUUAGUUAUUUACUAAACUUGUGUUUGAUAUUGCGGUGAACCAUGA